AGUAUGCAUGAAAAAAACUAAGUUUCAAGUGGUAUAUAGGAUUUGAAAUUUUGAGAGGCACGUUUUAUUUAAAGUAUACCAGCAAGAAGAUAGUCAGGACUCAUGGAGGCUGUAACUCUCUUUCUAAGAAUCUCCAUGUUAUAAGGCCUUACUCCUAAAACAAAUAGAUUGUAUAGAAUUAAUGAUCAAUAAAACGCUGCAUUAUAUUGUAUCUCCUGUGGUCAUAGCAUGCUAGGAGAACAACAGAAACAUUGUAGUUAUCUGUUGAAUGUAUCCAAUAGUGUCCUCCUCUUCUUAGAUAAAUAUAAUAAGAAUCAGAGCCUUCCAUUGUAAUGAGACAUUUUCCCACCAGUCUCAUCUACAAUAGCACCCUUUGUUCAUUGUGCUCCUGUGGUGAUGGAAUGUAGACUUCUGUCCCUUAACUCACCUGUGCUGUACUUUGAGAAUGCAAAAUAUAUGAACCACUAGAAUUCUUUCCGCCUGGGAUCUGUCAGGCAUUAUUAUGACUUUGAAUUUAAUUAUAACCAAAACUCUAUCAUAGUCGUUUACAAUUUUAUUUCCAUUUAUGUGAUAAUAUUACUAGUAAAAAUUGUUUGGGAUUUUGAGGGGGUCCAGUAAUUAAUACUACUCUUCCCAUAUGGUUCCAAGUCAACUGGGAAAUAAUACAAUGAGUCUGCAGAUGGAGGUCAAAAUAUCACCUUUAUUAAUAACAAGGACAUGGACUUCCUAAUAUAAAAUUGCAGAGUUAGAUAGACAGACAGAUUUAUUUCCUAGUCAUUGGCAGCACUGGAAAACAAAAGAACCUUCCCAACUAGGGGCAGAGCUUGCCCUAGAGAAGUCCAUUCACUUCCAAGAGGAAGGUGAGAGGAAAGGGAUAGAACAUAUGUGCUCAAAAUCUUUCAAAAUCACCAAUCAGGUAAGCCACUCCACCUCCUGUGGGAUGGUGAAGAGAAAUGUCAAGAGUUCUCCGCAUCCAAGUCAACAAAAGAAAAAAAAAAAAAAAAAAAAGAAAUGUCAAGAGUUUUAUGUUAUUACAAUUCCCUCCAUAUGGAAGAACUUGCUCCCUACCCUACCCUACUCCUAACAGUAUCCAGCAUUUUAUUCUCUUAACCCAUGAAGUAUAUGGUUAACCAGAGAUGUAGUAAGUAAGACUACUUCCACCCUCAUGUGGCUGCUCCCCCAGAACAAAUCACUGCUCUUUUGACAGCUUCUUGGAACUGUUGGGCAGUUUUAAUUUUGCUUCUAGAUGGUUCUAAAAUGGAUCAGAACCAUAGGAUAAUUAGGUCCAUUGUGCUCCUGUAGUGAUGGAAUAUAGACUUCUCUCCCUUAACUCACCUGUGCAGUACUUUGAGAAUGCAAAUAUGUGGAGCACUAGAAUUCUUUCCAUCCAGGAUCUGCCAGGCGUUAUUAUGACUUUGAAUUUCAUUUAGUUAUAACCAAACCUCUAUCAUCUUCAUUUACAAUUUUAUUUCCACAUAUGUGAUAAUAUUACUAAUAAAAAUUGUUUGGGAUUUUGAGGGGGGUUAAUUAUAUCAACUAUGACACCACUCUAGACCCACAGCUGAAAAUUCAGUCCCUCUUCUUUUCUCCUUGCCAAACUGUGUUUAGGUACAUUGUCCAACAUAAUUUAUCAAAAGUUCUUCAAUGAGAUUACAUUACAUCAUUAAGAUACAAUAAUAAAAUAAAGAUUCAAAUGUCAUAAAGUAUAUGAAGUAUUUUGUAAACUACUAUUAAAUAAGAUCAUAAACCUUCAACUCUUUCAAUAGGAUAUCCAAGGAGUAAUGGGUGUAUUUUUAUUUUAUCUUUGCAUAUUCAUCAGAAAAAAAAAUACUAUGAUCCUAUUUUAACUUAACAAAGAAAUCUAACAAGUAUAUACUGUAUACCUUUCAGAAAACAUAAGUAUCAAUUUAGAUAUUACAAUAGUCAUUAAUUAACUAAUAAAAAUUACAUUUUAGAGGUUUAAGAUUCAUUUUAGAAGACAUAGCAACAAUUUCUGAAGUCCAUUCUUGGAAGAUUCCUUGUCAGAAGUAAUAUUUACAAGGACAAGUUUUAUGUUACAGAAUAAUAUGUACUUAUCUGUGGCUAAAGGAAUAAAGGAAUUAAUGUUUUCUUCUUAUUUUCUUGCUGGGAUUUUUUUCAACUUACAGGAAGGCAUGUAAUUUUCAAGUGAAAGUGUUAGAAUUCAAUUUGUUAGCACUGAGAUAAAAUUUUAAAAGUCUGAAAAGGUCCAAACAUACAAUAUGAAAAAGAGGGGCAGAAUAAGAUUAUUAGCAAAUGGUAUAUAGGGCAUGUAAGGUUUCACACCUAUGCUAUAAAGUGUAUACACAUGUAACUUAGUAAUAUUAUUUAAGUAAACAUUCAUGUCUAAUAGUAUAUAUUGGUCAAAGAACUAACAAGGUCAUCAGACAUACCUUCUCUUUCAGAGUGGCCCACCAAGUCAGACCAUCCUCCCUACACCAACUCCUCUUCAAACACCAUGGGAUCAUUUCUGUUACUUGCCACAGUGAUUCAGUGAUAAACAUCAUUAUCAGCCAAGCAACAGAAUGAGGUCCCAGAUGGCGAGCCUAAGGAAUAGCAGCAGCACAGUGACAGAGUUUAUCCUCGUGGGUUUUGAGCACAGCUCCCCUUCCACUAGGGCAUUGCUGUUUGCCCUCUUCCUGGUCCUCUACAGCCUUGCCAUAGCCAUGAAUGGCCUCAUCAUCUUCAUCACCUGGACAGACCCCAGGCUCAACAGCCCCAUGUACUUCUUCCUUGGCCACCUGUCUCUCCUGGAUGUCUGCUUCAUCACCACUACCAUCCCGCAGAUGUUGAUCCACCUGGUGGUCAAGAACCACACUGUCUCUUUUGUCUCUUGCAUGGCCCAAAUGUACUUGGUCUUCUGCGUGGGUGUGACUGAAUGCAUCCUCUUGGCUUUUAUGGCCUAUGACCGUUAUGUUGCUAUCUGCCACCCGCUUAGCUAUGCUCAGAUCAUGGGCCAGCAGGUCUGUGUCAGGCUGGUGGGUACUGCCUGGCUCUUUGGGCUCAUCAAUGGCAUCUUUCUUGAGUAUAUAUCAUUCCGGAAUCCUUUCUGCAGGGACAACCACAUAGAAAACUUCUUCUGUGAGGCCCCCAUAGUGAUCGCCCUCUCUUGUGGGGACCUUCAGUUUAGUGUGAGGAUGAUCUUUGCUGAUGCCAUCGUGGUGCUGCUCAGUCCCAUGGUGCUCAUUGUCACCUCCUAUGCCCGCAUCCUGGCCUCUAUCCUCGGCAGAGCUUCCUCCUCAGGUCGGGGGAAGACCUUCUCUACUUGUGCCUCCCACUUGACCGUGGUCAUCUUUUUGUACACCUCAGCUAUGUUCUCUUACAUGAAUCCCCGCAGCACACAUGGGCCUGACAAAGACAAACCUUUCUCCCUCCUCUACACCAUCAUCAUCCCCAUGUGCAACCCCAUCAUCUACAGUUUCCGCAACAAGGAAAUGAAGGGGGCCAUGGCGAGGGCCCUUGGAAGAAGCAGCCUGCCCCGGUAGAGUCUGUCUAGCAGGAAGGCCCUGGAGGGGAAGCUCCUUCCCCUGGGGUGGGAUGAGAACCCCUUUCCCUAACCCUGACAGGCACAUAACUCUCCAAUGCUAAAAGGCUCUAGGAAAGAGCAUUCAUGGCUUCCUUGGCACUAGAUUCAGACCUGGAAAUUCCUCCUGAUGUCCAAUGGUUAUCUCUCUGACUUCACUUCCAGAUUGUGUUCUCUUGGACCUUCCUCAGGAGAAUUUGAGACUUUCGUUUAGUUUCUUUUUUUUUUCCCCUCCAGGUUCUCACAACAGCAUUCAAUAAAUAAAUUAAUUAAAUUCCAUUUCAUUCUAUUUGUAUAAUAGUUUUACAUGCUAUUCCUCAGCCUGAGCUUUGCAUAUACAUCUAGGAUUAAACUCUCUCUCUUUCAACUUAUUGUUUUAGUUUGUUUUUCUUUCUCACAUUCCAUUCUCAUUUCCUGGAUUUGCCCUCAUCCACCCCACUCCCAUGAGAAAAAGUGAAGAAGUGAGAAAAAGGGAAUUAGGAAGCAGUGUUGACAUUAGGAAAAGUCAGAGAAAAGAAGAUCAGCAGCCUGAACUCUGUCUUCUUAGCCCCCACUAGCCAAUAAUGGAGCAUUUGUGGUGGCACUAAAUGCCAACACUGCACUCAGUUUGUUUGUGCUUUGUGUUGUUGGGGGCAGGGCAGGAGAAGCCAGUGUGCCAAACCCCUUUUCCUAAAAUCCUCUAGUUUCCUUUAGUAACAGGACUGCUUGCCUGAUAUUUCCCUUCCCAUGCAAGUAGUAAGUGCCUAUACCAGGCUGCUAAGGCUACCAGUUUCCUUUCUUCCCUGUCACCAUACCCCAAAUUAACUCCUCCUCCGCUACCCCACUGCCUUCCUUUUUCUCUUACAUCGUUCAUUUCAUUCCAAUUCAAUCCUAUUCCACCCUACCUCCUCAUCUUAAAUGAAUCCAUUUCAUUCCCUCUACUUUAAGGAAGAGCUCUCCACACUACCUCCACCAUUGCAGAGGUCUGUUUACAAUCUUGUCCUCUCUGGCUUACUCUGAUUUCUCUCCUUAACCAAGCCUAGCUUUCUUUGAGAGGCCACUACAUUCUCAGCAGUUCUUUCCUUUGAAAUUGUACUUUUCUCAUGUCCCUUUCAUAAUAUUAAUAAAUAAGGGUAUGCCCUUUAU